GACGAGUUGCCUCGGGGUUCGGUGCCUCAGCUGACGCCGCGGCUGGGACCGAGAGAUGCCGUGUCGGUGUUGCUACGCGAAAGGUUUUUGAGACGUGCCCGGGGUCUCAGUCCUUCCAGAGGCCUGAUCAUGUUGUUACCGUCCGACGUAGCCCGGCUAGUGUUGGGCUAUUUACAACAAGAAAAUCUCAUCUCUACCUGCCAAACUUUCAUUUUAGAAAGUUCAAAUUUAAAGGAAUAUGCAGAACAUUAUACAGAUGAAGGUUUUAUUCCAGCCUGCUUGCUGUCUUUAUUUGGAAAAAAUUUGACAACAAUUUUGAAUGAAUAUGUAGCUAUGAAAGCAAAAGAAACAACAAAUGAUGUCCCAGCAAUGAUGUCAUCUCUGUGGAAGAAAUUAGACCAUACACUUUCUCAAAUCAGGAGCAUGCAGAGUUCCCCAGGGUUUGCUGCUAAUCAGAGAGCACGUACAAGAAGUGGAAUUGCAGAGAUGAAACGACAGCGAAAGUUUGCAUCUCAGGCAGUUACCAUCAACUCAGAGCUCUCAUCUCUGCCUUAUCAGACGGGACAAUAUGCUUCAAAUCCUUUGGCAGCUACACAGGUCAUCAGACCAAUGAAUCAAAAUACAACUCAGUUUCGAACAAAUUCUGCUUUUGUUUCACAGCCUCCUGACAACAUUACCACUACAGAUUCUUUACAUAUUGUAGUACCUGUACCUCAAGAACGAAAAAUUCAUUCCAGCUUAAUGUCUCCUGGAAGACGAAAAAGUGAAUCUCAAAGAAAAAACAUCACGUUUUCUGGACCUCAGUCCACAGUUAGAAAUUUUCAGGAUCCAAAUGCAUUUACAGUAGAAAAACAAAUGGUUAUUGAAAAUGCCAGAGAAAAAAUACUAAGCAACAAAUCUCUACAAGAGAAACUUGCAGAAAAUAUUAACAAAUUCUUGAUUAGUGACAGUAACAUUGCUCAAGUACCCAAGCAAGCAGAUAGCAAUCCUACUGAACAAGAAGCUUCAAUUGAUGAAAUCCUGGGACUUCAGAGUGAAAUCCAUAUGUCUGAAGAGGCUAUACAGGAUAUCUUGGAGCAAACAGAGUCAGACCCUGCAUUUCAGGCCCUUUUUGAUUUAUUUGAUUAUGGUAAAGCAAAGAAUAAUAAGAGCAUAUCACAAGGUAUUUCUAAUCAGCAUUUGGAAACCAAUCAGAAUGUUCUAGUAGAGGAAACUAAUCUAGCAGUUGGAAACACUUUUGGAACUGAACAAUCUAAUGACCACUCUGUUGAGUCUACAUUUUGUACAGACUAUCAUACUGAAGAAACAUCAUGUGCUUUGAAGGAUGGCAAUGGUGAUGAUCAUCUUAAGAAACAGGAAACCCAAGAACAGUGUGUCCCAAUGGGAUCUACCCUACAGAAAGAAACAUUUAAAGCACCCUCCUGUGUUGCUUCUGAACAGAGGUGUAACCUUGAAAUCACCUUUGAAUCUGUGCCUAAUUUGAAUGACUUUAACCAAAGAGGAAAUUCUGGUCCUGAAUGCAAUGAACAAUGUACAGAAUUGUACACAAAUCAACUAUCUAAUGAAAAUGAAAUGGCUUUGGAAAUUGGAAAGGACUCUUCAGUGUCUAAUACCCCAAAUACAUCUGAACUACAUCCUGAUCAGUCCAAUUUGCCUCUGGCUUCAUUUGCUUCCCUUGAUGAAGUAGCAGAAAGCAAUGAAAAUUUAACAAGCCAUGGGAAAAAUUCAAACCAUUUUUUACCAAAUAUUUCAUUAACUGGAAAAUCAUCUCAAAAAAACCAGUGUUGUGAAAGUCCCAGUGAUUCUGUAAAACUUAAAACUAUUUUUCAUAGCUCCAAGUCACCCGAUUGUAGUGAAAUGCAGCAGAAUAAAAUCGAAACAAACGAUAUUUUGCCCAUUGCAUCACAUCAGUCUUCUGAUUGCUUAGAUGAUUCUUCAAACAAUACAGUCUUACUUGGCUCUGUUCACAGUUCAGGUUUAAAUUUGUCUGAUCAACACAAAGUAGAGGGUCCUCUGGAAGAAUCUGUCACUUCCAGCAAACCAUCUAGUAGUCAAUCUUUUGUGGAUUCACAUCAUUUGGAAAGUAAAGGUUUGCCAUCAGAGCCCUCUAACUCAGAGGAAAUAGCAUUGGAAUCACAAGAACCAUCAUCUUCUGUAAAAGAAGAUGGUGGUGGUGUUCUUCUAUCCCCUAGCAAAAGUGUUGACUGUAGAGAGAUUGAAAUAAUGCCCACUGAGAGUAAUCCUACAGAAUAUAGUCAUUCUGUUCCCUCGGAAUCCCUGUGUUCUUCAGUGGGAGAGAUUAAUACUGAACCUCAAAGUACUGGUGAAUAUGAACAUUCUAAAGAUUCCUCAACUGAAGUAGAUCCAUCAAACAUAGUAUCACUCAAAAUUAUCAUAAGUGAUGACCCAUUUGUCUCUACAGAUACAGAGCUAAACAAUGCUGUUUCCAGCAUCACUGGGGAAAACUUGCCUACUAUAAUCUUAUCUUCUCCAGCAAAAUCGCCAGUCAAAAAUGUAGGAUUAGUUAAAUGUUUGACUUCAGAAGAAACUUCAAAUACUGUUUUAUCUGCUGAAAAAGUAGGGGACUCAACAUUAGUAGAACAGAGCCUUUUAGUGCUCAAACCUAAAGACACUAUAACAAAUAACAUACAGAAUGAUGAUUGCAGUGCAUUUUCAACAGCCAUCACACCAAGUGUAUCUCAGGAUGGAGGAUUUAUACAGUUGAUGCCAGCAACAAGCACAACUUUUGGCAAUUCCAAUAAUAUUCUGAUAGCUACCUGUGUGACUGAUCCAACAACCUUGGGAACAGCUGUCACUCAGUCUAAUGUUGUAGUGUUACCUAACAAUUCUGCACCUAUAGGUGCGCAGCCCCCACCACCACAACAGUUACAGACUCCUCCAAGAUCAAACAGUAUGUUUGCAGUGAACCAGGCAGUAUCACCUAAUUUUUCACAAGGAUCUGCUAUUAUAAUUGCCUCUCCAGUCCAGCCUGUGCUCCAAGGGAUGGUAGGAAUGAUUCCUGUAUCAGUAGUAGGACAAAAUGGAAAUACUUUUCCAGCUCCUCCCAGACAGGUCCUGCAUAUGCCUUUAGCAGCACCUGUCUGUAACAGAAGUGUUCCUAAACUCCCCAUUCCUCCAAAAUCCCAGAAAGUCCAAGGAACAAGAAACAAGCCUAGUACAGUUCCAGGAAAGUUGACCACCAGCUUGGGGGAUUCUUUAAGCCAUCCAGUUGGUUUUCAUACACACAGAACUCUAAUUCCUGAAAAGAAUUUGGCUACAGAUCUUGGGAAGAAAUUAGAAGAUACCACAAUUCCCCUUUCUACAGAUAGUACAGUGUCUGCUGUCAAACCACAUGAAAGUCAUAGGCGUGUACUGUGCUUUGAUACUUCUCCUGGAGUCAAUACCCAAGGGUCUAACACCAAAACACUGUCUCAAAACAAAGAAAGGAAUGACAUUCCCUUUGUUACUGUGGACCCUCCCACUGUGUCAUCUUCCAUUGUAAAAUCCUCUUUGAAUAUCAAAAAAGAGAGAGAAAAAUCUUCUGGGCCUAAGAUUUUAUCUCAGUCAGAAACUGCUAGCAGUAGGAAUACAGCUGUAAAAGAAACCCAGCCAGAAAAAAAGAAUUCACUGGCUGGUCUGGUUCUUGAUUCUUUUCACAAAGCAACAGCUAAUAAGGAGAAUGAACUACAAAGGGAUGUGGAAAGGCAAAAAAAUCAGGAAGCUACCAAACUGUCAAAUGGGCAUCAAAACAGUCCUCUAUGGAAUGACAAAACUUCUGCUGCCUCAGUCCAAGAACUGACCAAAAAACAGGGGCCAUCUGGAAACAGUAAAAAUACUGUUUCAACAGGGACACUUUCAAAGGAGCUAAAACGGGAACAGACUAAAUCUGCCAGCCCUCUAACUAAAAACAGUGUAGAAAAAUUACAUGACCUUCACUGGCACAGCCCAACAAACAGACUUCCCAGUUCUGGGGAUUUACCUAUACCUAGGACACCAGGAUCAGGAAUUGGGGAGAAACAUAAGGAAGAAGCCUGUGACAGCAUCCAGACUUCCAGCACUAGACGUUUCACUGAUGAGAAUGGCACUCCCAAAGGAAUGAUCCCUCCUGCCACUCCAGACUUACCAGCUUGUAGCCCUGCCAGCGAAACAGGGAGUGAAAAUAGUGUCAACAUGGCAGCCCAUACUUUAAUGAUUCUCUCACGAGCUGCUAUCUCAAGGACUACUUCAAAACCACUCAAAGAUAAUACACAGCAAUUUAGGUCUUCAAGGAGCACCACCAAAAAAAGGAAACUUGAAGAUUUAGAUGAGUGUGAUCGGACUGCCCGUUCUUCCAAUAAAAAUCUUCCAAAUUCAACAGUGCAAGUAAAAAAGAAGAAAAUAAAGAAAAAGAAGCUACCUAAUUCAUUUCCUGCUGGAAUGGAUGUGGACAAGUUUUUGUUGUCUUUACAUUAUGAUGAAUAAGAACUCUAAAUUAUUAAGAAUAUUAGUAAUUUAAAACUGGUACCCAUAUUACUAUGAGUAAGAAAAAAAAUAUGAGAGCAGGAACUGCACUUUCAGUGUGCACUGAAGUUACACUUUAUAGCUAUAUCAUGCUGUUUCUAAAGCAGCUUGCUAGUUUGUAAAUAGACUUGAUUUAGUAUAUUUUUAUUUUGGAAAAGCACUUGCAGAAAUAUAAUAAAGCCAUUAAUCUGCAAAACUGUACAGCUACCACAAUUACAUUUUGUAAAUACUAUGUAAAUUGUAUUGAAAUUGAAUUUCAAUUAACUAAACUUUGACAAACCUGGUUUUGUUUUGUUUUUGUUUUUGUUUUUUGUUUAUAUUUUAAUUACCAGUCAAUUCCCAACUCAACAAAGUUGUCCUUUUCUUUGAAAAAAGUGAUCGUUUAUAGUCAGUGUAACAAAACAUUUCUAAGACUUAGCCAUUAAACAAAUUAAAGGUAACGCCUUAGAAUAAGAAUUUGAUUGUUUUCUUUUUUUUAAACUGUUUCUCUGUCCCUCGUUAUCACGGUAAAGGCUGUAUUCCUGAUUACUUUUUUAAUUAAAAAAAAACAAACCAGGGAGAAACAAAAGCUUUAAAUAUCCUCAUUUUGGUCUAUUAGUUAGAGGGAGAAUUUUAUAAGAUAUUUAAUAAGUGUUUUGAUCUGUUGUGUGUAGGGAUUUUUAUAAAACUUUAAAUGAGCCAUAUAAAGUUUGCUUUUGUAGUGGAAAUUUCCCAGAAAUGUAUAUAUCUUUCUCCUUCUCUCCCCUCCCCCCCCCAAAAAAAAAAAAACAAAAACUGGGGCUUUUUUAAAAAUUGCACUAAUUCAGAAAAGUCUUCAAUUUAGUGGCCAAAUCUCAUUUAUUUAAAUCAUAUUCAAUAUUAAGAGUUUGUGUGUUGAGAUUUAUUUCCUAGCACAGAUAGAAUCACAUUCAUUUAGAUAUAACUAAAAUAACUAUUUGGCUGUUUUUUUCUCCUUUUCCUUAAGGUAUAUAGGAUAACUACAUAUGUAGAUAUCCAUCGUCAGUUCUUGAGAAAGAGCGCUAUCUCCACAUUUGUAAUACAACCUGUAAAGUUUAAAAGUUAAUUUAAAUUUUACCUAAGAACAAAAUCUUAAGCAUUUAACCUAUUGUGCCUGGAAAUUACUGAUGUGCAUUUUCUAAAGUUCUUCCUAUUGUGGUUUGACUUAAAACAUGUAGAUUGUUUUAACCCCUACAGGGUUGACAUUAAUGCAGCUUUCUUCAACUGUUCUAUACUGAGCCAUAACAAUCCAUUUGCUAUCUGGUAACCAUUUCCUGAAUUUAUUUCACUGGCACUAAUUGCUUUGUCAUGUUCAAAUUUUACUUGAGACAUUUGUGUUGUAAAAAAUUUGUUUGUGGCAGUGGUGAUAUGAAGAUUCCUAAGGAACUAAACAUUAUGCAGUUACUGUUUAUAUAAGCUCUAUUACUUGAUACUGCAUUACUUGUUAGGUUUGAAUAAAUAUUUUGGUUAACUUCAAAA